GAGAGAUUGGGUCGGGCUCCAUAGCGGUGUAUUGUGGGAUGUGCGGGGACUGGGAGCCGAGCCGCUGCCGCCAGCCGCCUCCUCCAGCAGCGGCAGCAGCAGCAGCAGCCGCCGCCGCCGCCGCCGCCGCCGCAACAGCAGCAGCAGCAGCAGCAGCCUCAGCUAGCCCCCGGUCCGGCCGCCCCAGCCUCGGCUCCCGCGGGGAACACCAUGUACAGGCUGGUCGCGCAGGGAGGCCGGCGCCCGGCGGGGAUGUUGGGUUAACGGCAUGGAGAGCAGUAGCCACCACCACCACCAGCAGCCUGGACCGUCGGGGGAGAAAAGAAACCACCAUUGGAGAAGUUACAAGUUGAUUAUUGACCCCGAGCUGAAGAAGGGGCAGCAUAAACUCUACCGUUACGAUGGACAGCAUUUCAGCAAGGCUACUCAAUGCUUUCUCUCGGUGAAAAUCGAGGACCCGAGAGUCAGAAGGACAUGGACAAAAACCAAGGAGUUGGAACUUCGUGUCCCCAAAUUCAAGAUCGAUGAGUUCUACGUGGGGCCGGUGCCUCCCAAGCAGGUGACUUUUGCCAAACUGAAUGACAACAUCAGGGAAAACUUCCUGACCGACAUGUGCAAGAAAUAUGGGGAGGUGGAGGAGGUGGAGAUCCUUUACAACCCCAAGAACAAGAAACACUUGGGCAUUGCCAAGGUGGUCUUUGCCACCGUAAAGGGGGCUCGGGAGGCCGUGCAGCAUUUACACAACACCUCGGUCAUGGGCAACAUCAUUCACGUGGAACUGGACACUAAAGGCGAAACUCGGAUGCGAUUCUACGAGCUGCUGGUGAAUGGCCUCUAUACCCCCCAGACCCUGCCGGUGGGCCUCGAGCUGGACACCUCUCCCACGGUCAAUAAAACUCUGCAGCUGACAGAUGCCCUGAAGCGCCUGAAGGAUGGCAGCGUGCCCUCGGCGGGCUCCUCGGCGUCGGUCACCCCCAACAGCAGCACGCCCUUCUCCCACGACACCGCCUAUUCCAGCAGCCGCCUGGACACCCCCAACUCGUACGGCCAGUGCACGCCCCUCACCCCCCGCUUGGGCACCCCCUUCUCGCAAGACUCGAGCUACUCCAGCCGCCAGCCCACCCCCUCCUACCACUACAGCCAGGACUCGGGCUACAAGGCCCGCCGGCACGAGACCAAGUUCACGGACGCCUACAACCGCCGCCACGAGCACCACUACGUCCACAACUCGUCGGGCGCCUUCCGCUCCUCGGAGCACGCGUUCGGCGCGGCGGCCGCCUCUGGCGGGGCCGGCGGCUCCGGCUCCUACAAGCCCCACGCCCAGCCGGAGGCCGCCCAGUACUCCCACACGCCCCCCUCCGCCCCCGGGGGCCACUCCGGCUCCAACUACAAGUCGGCCUUCUCCCCCUACCAGGCCCCGGCCCUGUUCGCCCCGCACCCCGAGGAGCCGGCGGCUCUGCCGGCCUUUGCCCCGGGGGCCCGAGACGGCGGGGAGUACCGCCGGGCCCAGCCCCCGCUCGAGCCCCCGGCCGUCGCCGCCCCUCUGGCCAAAGAGAGGCCCGAGACCCCCCCGGGACCCCCGCUGCCGCCGCCGCCCCCCGAGCUGAACAGCCUGGAGCCCGGCGGGGGGCCCAGCUUCGGCUGGAGCCCCGAGCGCUGCACCAGCCCCGGGACGCCCACCCUGGAGGCCUCCCCGCCCGCCUCCGAGAAGCCCCACGACAGCCUGGACUCCCGCAUCGAGAUGUUACUGAAGGAGCAGAGAACCAAGCUCCCUUUCCUGCGCGAACACGACUCGGACACAGAGCUCCGCAUGGAGGGCAGCCCCAUCUCCUCCUCCUCCUCGCAGCUCUCCCCCCUGCCCGCCUUCGGCUCCAGUUCCCAGCCCGGCUUCCGGGGCCAGACCCCCUCCUCUCGCCCCUCCAGCACGGGCCUGGAGGACAUCAGCCCCACCCCCCUGCCGGACUCGGACGACGAGGAGGACCUGGGCCUGGGCCUGGGCCCCCGGCCCCCCCCGGAGCCCGGCCCCCCCGACCCAGCUGGACUUCUGGGCCACGGGGCCGACGCGGCCAAGGACAUGGCCGGGGAGCGGACGCCCGCCUCGGAGAAGAUGGAUGAGGGUCAGCAGUCCUCGGGGGAGGACAUGGAGAUCUCCGACGACGAGCUGCCCUCCGCGCCCAUCACCAGCGCCGACUGCCCCAAGCCCAUCGUGGUGAACUCCUCGGUCACCGCCCCGGCCGUGCUGGCGACAGCCAUCCCCCUGCCGCCCCCCGGCUUCCCGCCGCCGCUGCCGCCGCCGCCGCCCCCUCCCCCCCAGCCCGGCUUCCCCAUGCCGCCCCCGCUGCCCCCGCCGCCGCCGCCGCCGCCCCCCACCCACCCGGCGGUCACGGUGCCGCCCCCGCCCCUGCCGGCGCCGCCGCCGCCCCCGGGGGUGCCCCCGCCCCACAUCCUGCCCCCGCUGCCCCCCUUCCCCCCGGGCAUGUUCCCCAUGAUGCAGGUGGACAUGAUGAACGUGCUGGGGGGCCAGUGGGCCGGGAUGCCCAUGUCCUUCCAGAUGCAGACGCAGAUGCUCAGCCGCAUGAUGCAGGGCCAGGGCGUGUGCCAGUACCCGCCCUUCAUGGGCAGCGGCAUGCAGUUCGUGAACCUGCCCCCCUACCGGCCCUUCUCGGUGGGCGCCGCCGUGGGCCGGGGCCAGCAGUGGCCGCCGCUGCCCAAGUUCGACCCCUCGGUGCCCCCGCCGGGCUACAUGCCCAAGAAGGAGGACCCCCACAAGGCCACGGUGGACGGCGUCCUGCUGGUCAUCGUCAAGGAGCUCAAGGCCAUCAUGAAGCGCGACCUGAAUCGCAAGAUGGUGGAGGUGGUGGCCUUCCGGGCCUUCGACGAGUGGUGGGACAAGAAGGAGCGGAUGGCCAAGAUGGUCCCCGAGAAGGGAAGUGAAUUACCCAAGGUCACACAGCAGGUAGCGUCCCUGACCCCGGUGAAGUCGGGCGAGCACAAGGACGAGGAGAGGCCGAAACCCAAGGACCGCCUCACCUCCUGCCUGCUGGAGAACUGGAGCAAGGGCGAGGGGCUCGGCUACGAGGGCAUGGGGCUGGGCAUCGGCCUCCGCGGCGCCAUCCGGCUGCCCUCCUUCAAGGUAAAGAGGAAGGAACCGCCCGACCCAGCCUCGACGGGAGACCAGAAGAGACUGCGGCCCUCCACCUCGGUGGACGAGGAGGAUGAAGAGUCCGAAAGGGACAGGGACAUGGCCGACACCCCCUCCGACCUCUCCAAGAAGGACCCGGACGGGGUCAGCAUCCGGAGGCGGCCGGCCCGGCCCCUGGAGCUGGACAGCGAGGGGGAGGAGGAGGACGAUAAGGAGGAGUCCUCGUCCUCGUCCUCGUCGUCGUCGUCCUCGUCGUCGUCGUCGUCGUCCUCGUUGUCUUCGUCGUCGUCGUCGUCCUCGGAGAAGGAGGAGGAGGAGGAGGAGGACAGGCUGGCCAAGACCCCUUCUGACAAGGAGGAGGAGGAGGAGGACGUCUGCGAUGAGGAGGAGGAGGAAGGGGACGAGGAGGACGAGGAAGAAGAGACAGCGGAGGUGGAGUUGAGUGAGAAGGAGGAGGAGCUGGACUCUGAAGGAGAGGAUGCUGGGAGCAUGGUCUCUUCCAAGGCAGAGGCUGUGUCCUCUGAAGAAAGCGAGGAUUCUUCAGAUUAUGAAUCCAGUUCAGAGUCUGAGGAGGAGGAGGAGGAGGAGGAGGAGGAAGAGGAGGAGGAGGUGGAAGAGGAAGAAGAGGAGGAGGAGGAGGAAGAGGAAGAGGAGACAGAGGCGUUAGAGGAAGUAGUGGAGGAGGCAGCACCUGGGGAAAGCCAAGACCUGCCGGUAGCUGGGGAACUGGCCAUGGAGGAGGAGGAGGAGGAGGAGGAAGAGGAGGAGGUGGUGACCAUCCUGGAGCUGACGCCGGUGGUGGAUGAGCCAGACUUGCCAAACCUGGGAGCCGAGGAGACGGCGGGCGUCGGGGACGCCGUCGAGCUGCCGGGCCUCGAGCAGGUGGGAAAGAUGAUGGCCGAGCCGCCCGCGCCAGCCGUGCCCCCAGAGCCCCCGAGACGCCAGAGCCCGUCCCCCGUGGACGCUUCAGGGGAAGAGUUAGAGGCAGAGCUGGAACCUGCAGAAAUCCCCAAGGACAUAUCUUUGCUGCAACUACAGCGACCGCCCAGCCCACCGGGCCUCUCCCCAGAGGCUGCACCUAUCCUGGGCAGCUUCCCUCGGGAGGUGGAGGUGGAGGGCCGGCCCCACCCCCUCGGCCCCAAAGUGGUCCUCCCCCUGGAGCCAGAGUCCCUUCGGCUGCAGCCUCUGUUCCCUGCCAGGCCCCUCCAGGCCCUGCCUCUUCUGGAAGAGCCUCUGCCGGAAGAGCCGCCCCCCCGAACACCGGGCCGGGACCCUCUGGCCAAGUCCCAGAGCACAGAGACCGUGCCGGCCACACCGGGCAGUGAUACGCCCCUCACCGCCAGCAGCCUGGCCCUCAGCUCCCCCCAGGUCCCCAGCAGCCCCUUCUCUUACCCGUCUCAGUCUCCCGGGCUCAGUGGCGGGGGCAUCCCUCGGACGCCUGGGCGAGACUUUAGCUUCACGCCCACUUUUCCCGAGGCCGUGGGGCCCCUGCCUCUGUCUGUCUGCUCCCUUCCACCUGGCAAGAAGCUCCCUGGGGAUGAUCGGCCAGGGCCUGGUGCUCCCGUUUCUUCCAGCCCCCUGGAAACCAGCUUCCCCCUGCCCGUCUCUCUCCCGGUGCCCCUUUCAGUGCCGGUCCCUCUGCCGGUCCCUCUGCCCCUCCCCCCCGGUCCGUUGCUCCCCCGAUCCUCCACCUUGCUACCUCUGCCCUUGACCUUGCCCCUGGCUCUGCCUCUGGCCUCUUCCCUACCGACCCCAUGCCCUCCUCCCACCAAGAGGAAGCCCGGGAGGCCCAAACGUUCCCCACCAGCUGUGCUGACCCUGGACGUGCCUCCAGGAAGGCUCGCCACCUUGCCUCCUGAGGCAGCGGGCCCCAAGCUGCUGCUGCUGGCAGGGCAGCCCCCUGCCGCUGCCUCCUUCCACGGGGCGCCAGACCCCCGAGUCGUGACGCUGGACUUUAGGAACGACGGGGGCCUCCCUCCCCCACUCCCACCUCCACCGCCACCCCCACCCCCACCGGAUGAGCCCACCAAGCUCCCUUUCAAAGAGCUUGAGAAUCAGUGGCUGGAGGAGCCCCCUCCCCCCAAUCGUGGGCCCGAGGAAGAAGUGGAGGCUGGUGACGGGGGCGGCUUCAGCAAGCCCAAGCUGCCUUGGCGCCGGCCUCCGAAGAAGCGGCACGAGGACAUGGUCGUGCCCCUUCUGCCCCCGCCUUCCCCCGACUUCUCGUCCCCCCAGCGGCCCCUCUUCCGGGCCCGCUCCGAGUUUGAGGAGAUGACCAUCCUGUACGACAUCUGGAACGGGGGGAUCGACGAGGAGGACAUCCGGUUCCUGUGCGUCACCUACGAUCGGCUCCUCCAGCAGGACAACGGCAUGGACUGGCUCAACGACACGCUUUGGGUCUACCAUCCUUCCACCAGCUUCUCUACUCCCAAGAAGAAAAAGCGAGAGGAUGGCAUUCGGGAGCAUGUAACCGGCUGCGCCCGCAGCGAGGGUUACUACAAAAUUGACAAGAAAGAUAAACUAAAAUACCUCAACAACAGCCGCGCCUUUGCCGAGGAGCCCCCAGCAGACACCCAGGGCAUGAGCAUCCCUGCUCAGCCACACGCCUCCACCCGGGCAGGCUCCGAGCGCCGCUCAGAACAGCGGCGCCUUCUCUCCUCCUUCACGGGAAGUUGUGACAGCGACCUGCUCAAGUUCAACCAGUUAAAGUUCCGGAAGAAGAAGCUGAAAUUCUGCAAGAGCCACAUCCACGACUGGGGCCUUUUUGCCAUGGAGCCCAUUGCAGCUGACGAAAUGGUCAUCGAGUACGUGGGGCAGAACAUCCGGCAGGUCAUCGCCGACAUGCGGGAGAAGCGUUACGAGGACGAGGGCAUUGGGAGCAGCUACAUGUUCCGAGUCGACCACGACACAAUCAUCGACGCUACAAAAUGUGGCAACUUUGCCAGGUUCAUCAACCACAGCUGUAAUCCAAACUGCUACGCCAAGGUCAUCACCGUGGAGUCCCAGAAGAAGAUCGUCAUCUACUCCAAGCAACAUAUCAACGUCAAUGAAGAAAUCACUUACGAUUACAAAUUUCCCAUCGAGGACGUCAAGAUCCCCUGUCUGUGUGGCUCGGAAAACUGCCGGGGGACUCUCAACUAGGACGCCAGGGAGCUGGGCGCGCUCUGCCAAAAAAGGGAGAAAGGGAAAAGAUGGAAGCUCCCGUCAGCCCCGCCCAGUCCAGCGAGACGCCUCGGGCCUAAGCUCCUCCGCGCCCGGCUCUCCCCAGCCCACCCUCAGGUGCUGUCCCUUUCCCCAGGCCCGGCUCGCGGCCAGCCCGACACUACCCACCUUCCUGAAGCUUCCUCUCUACCUCCUCCCCUCCUCCUCCUCUUCCUCCUACUUGUGGGAAAAGAUGCUCCCUCUCUCUCUGAUUUUUUAAUUUUUUUUUUAAGUUUUUUAAGUCACAUAGACACAUGCCCUCUCCCACAAAUGCUGCUACAUUUUUUUUCCUCCUCCUCAAAAAAACAAGGACAAAGAUAGUUUUUCACCAUUCAAAUGUGGAGCCAGAGCUGGAGGGAGAAAUAUUAUGCUUUUUGGAAGAGAGAUGAGGGUACAAAGUUUGGAGGAGGAGGAGGAACAGGGAUUUAGGGGGAGGCUUGGGCGCCAAGACAAUGGCUGUUGGCUCCCUGUCCCUCGCUAUAUAUUUUGGGAGCCUUCCCUUCUCUCCCUACCCCCACUGAUGUUUCGUUAGACCCUGCCUUUCAGGCCUAGGUGAACCUGGGGAUGCCAUAGGAGGGAGCAGGGAGAGGGGCGAGGCCGCGGGCUCCCCUCCGAGGGAGUCUGCCCAGGCUUGCUUAGGAGGCACUUGGUGGUUAGGAUGCAGGCACUGAUGGGGGGGCCCUGCAGCCUUCGCUCCUCAGGACUCUAGAUACUCUCUGCCUCAGUCUUAGGGAGCCAGUGGUCAGCCUCCUGCCCUCUCCCCACCUGAAUGUCUUUUCCUUUCUCUUUCCCUGCCCCAAGCCCUCUCCUCUUCUCCCCCCUGCUCCUCGAUCUGCUGGGAUGGCCUUCAGUGCCUGCUCCAUCUUCCUCUCCCGCACUAGGUCCGAGCUGGGGACCCGCAGCUAUUCUCGGGAGGCUGGAGAGGGGCUGCUCUGCUUGGCUUUCUUCCCCUCCCUCUCUCUCUCUUGAUCUGUCUUCCUUCCCUGGUGCUGGGGAGCCGGGCAGGUGCUAUGUAAAGGUCGGGCAGUGGGCCAGAGCUGGGCGCGGGGUCCACCUUCGGAGACCAUGUUCCUUGCCCUUGCCUCCACCUCCGGCCCAUGGCCGCCCCUGGGAGUUAGCAGGGGGCACGCCUGGAUCUCUUAAAUGUUUACUUUCUCAUUCAGAUGCCAGCAAGAAGGGGGCGAGAGCGAGCGGUCAGGGUGAGGAAGGGCACCAGGCCCUCACCCGAGCCACGGCCUACCCCCAGAUAGCCAGCCGCCAGGGCAGGGCCCUUUAGGUGCUGUGUAGUUUACUCCCCAAGAGCCCGGGGAAGGGGCUGGGCAGUGCUUGGCUCGCCCGGGCCGGACCUUCCCUGGGAGGCCGGGUGGAAACCCAGGGGAGAAGAGGCCGGAGGGCUACUCCCCCAGGCUAACGUGCUUCCUACCCUCUGCCCCGCUCCCGUAGCUCUUCUUCCUUUCUCUGCCAUUACGGGUUGUCUUUUAGGAUCGGUGUUUCUCUUUCAGAAGAGAUGCCUCAAAACUUUCAUCUGUUCUCUGCUGGGAUCCCUGGGCCCAGGGACACCAUUGGGCUUCCCUCACCUCACUCUGUCCAUCCGUCCGUCCGUCCAUCUGUCCUACUUACCGCUAGCCUGUCCGCUUCCCUGUCUGUCCCCAGGGUGGACCGGGGAGGGACGGGGAACCCAUCUUGAAGAUAUUUAUAUUGAAAAAAAAAAUGCAAAGAGUUUCAUUUUCUCCCCUGAGGAAGGAAAAAGAAAAUGAUUUUUUAAAGGUUGGACAGAAGUCUCCAGUAGCUUUCAGUAGGUGUGUCCCCAUCCCCUUCACCCCCCAAAACUUGUAGGAUUCAUUUCAACGCUUUUUGUGUAUAGAACAGGAAGGACUAAAAGGACACAUAAAAAAAACGCCACAAGCAUUUUGGAGUUCAAAAUCAACGCAUCAUCUGUACAGAGACCACUGGGGUGACCUUCUCUUGGGAACAUUGUUUCUUGUAGAAACACGUGGAAAAAAAAUUUUUUUUUUUUGAGGAUUUCUUUGUACUUAGGGGGGGAAAAGCCCCGAUAAACCCAACAACAGGGAAAACAAAAAACAAAAACAAAACAAAAAAAACCAAGUGAGCUUGUAAAUACUUUAUGAAAAAAAAAAAAAGGAACUUAUUAUAAUUUGGACUCGUUUUUAGCAAGAUGACAGCUUUCCCUCCGAGCCGCCUGCUGAAGCCCCAGCUCACGCGAGGAGCCGCUAGCAUCUCUCUCUCAGCUUGUGUCAAGCUUCUUACUGUGUAAAUUCUGUACAAAAGAACUUGGGUUUGGUUUUGUUUGGGGCUUUGGGGUUUUUGUUUUGUUUGGAUUUUUUUUUUUUUUUGGUUCUUUUUGUGUGUGUGUGCCCUGAUUGUGUGCGUGUGCGCGCAUGUGAGCGAGCGAGCGAGUGAGUGUCCAAUUAGACAAAAUUAGCAUCAUCGAAAUGGAGGGGAAAAUGCAGGCCAACCGAAGGCCUUUCCUUUUCAUUUUGGGUUCAGGCCUUGUCUGCCAACUUAAAUGUGCAAGAGAGAGAAAAAAAAAGAAUAUAUAUAUUUAUUUCACAGAAGGAAGACAUGUACAGUAUGGAGAAGGGUCUAUUUAAGCAAGUUUUGGAUCCCCGACUCCCACAAGAGAUGGUUCUCUCCCAGACUUCAGAUUGGGACAAGCACUAAGGGAGAAAGGGGAGGGCAGAAGAUGCUUUAGAUGGGACCCCUCCCCCAGACCCCUCACUUCCCUUUCAGCAAGUUGUUUCACGGGUGAGAGCAAUGGGAGGGCUCCUCCGUCAGAGGCGAGGAGACGGUUUGCAAUAACUAAGAAAAUGCAGUUGUUUUUUAGUUGGAUUUGAUUUGAGAAAUUCUUUGCUUUGAAGAUUUCUGCCUGGAAGUUUUCUUUUUCUUUCUUUUGGUUUUCUUUCCCCCUCUCUCCCCCCCUUAAAGAAAAAAAAGGCAGUUGAAUUUUUGGGCCAUUUUGUGCAUCUAGACCCCGCCCUCUGUACGUCACCUGUUUUUUGAAGAGAAAUGUUUCUGUUGUGGGUGAUCUUGCUGUAAAUACUUGUUCAUAUUUUUGUGAAUUCAAUACUAUGUACCAUUGUAUUAUAGUAACUUUUAUAAAGCAAACCCUAAAUAUACUGACUUUUCUUACAGAAA